AUGGAGGACGAGCAGCCCGACAGCCUGGAGGGCUGGGUGCCGGUCCGCGAGGACCUCUUCGCCGAGCCCGAGCGGCACCAGCUGCGCUUCCUCGUGGCCUGGAACGACGUGGAGGGCAAGUUCGCUGUGACUUGUCACGACCGCACGGCGCAGCGGCGGCGGCGGCGGCGGCGGAGCGAGGGGAGCCAGCCCGGGCCCGAGCCCGAGCCCGCGGCCGCCGCGCCCCCGCCCAGCUGGGCCGGCCUCCUCUCGGCCGCCGGGCUCCGCGGCGCGCACCGGCAGCUGGCGGCGCUGUGGCCGCCGCUGGAGCGCUGCUUCCCGCGGCUGCCGCCCGAGCUGGACGCGAGCGGCGGCGGGGCCUGGGGCCUGGGGCUCGGGCUGUGGGCGCUGGUGUGCCCGGCGCGCGCGGGCCCCGGCGAGGCGGCGCUGCAGGAGCUGUGCGAGCAGCUGGAGCGCUAUCUGGGCCAGGCGGCGGACGGCUGCGGCGGCGCCGCGGUGCGCGACGCGCUCUUCCCGGCCGAGGGCGGCGCGGCCGACUACGAGAGCCCGCGCGAGUUCCGGGAGCGGGCCCUGCGCGCGCGGCGGGACCAGGCGUGCGUGCGGCUGCGCCAGGUGCUUCAAGGGCAUGAAAAAGCCAACACCAUGGUAGCAUUAAUGCAAGUGUAUCGAGAGGAAGAUGAAGCAUACCAGGAAUUAGUUACUGCGGCAACCAUGUUCUUCCAGUAUUUACUGCAGCCAUUCAGGGAUAUGCGAGAACUUGCAACUUCAUGUAAGCUUGCUAUUUUGAAGUCCUUGGAUGAGGAUGAUCUGGGUCCUAAAAGGAUAGUUGCCCUGCAGAAGGAAGCCCAAGAAUGGGCCAGACAGGCUGAAGAAGCUAUAGUCUCUAUUCAAGAUAUUACAGUGAAUUAUUUUGAAAAAACAGUAGAAGCAUUAGCAGGAAUGCAGAAACAAAUUGCACAGGAUGAGAAGAGAUUUGGCCAGGCUGCCUGGGCCACAGCAACUCCCAGGUUAGAAAAACUCAAGCUGAUGUUAGCUCGGGAGACUCUGCAACUCAUGAGAGCCAAAGAGUUGUGUUUAAAUCACAAAAGAGCUGAAAUUCAGGGAAAGAUGGAACAUCUUCCAGAACAAGAAAAAAAAAAAAAUGUUGUAGACGAAUUGGAAAUACACUAUUAUGAAGUUCAAUUAGAAUUAUAUGAGGUUCAAUUCGAGAUAUUAAAAUAUGAAGAAAUACUGCUUGUUACACAGUUGGACUCUGUUAAAAGACUUAUAAAAGAUAGACAGGAUGAAGUUAUCUAUUAUGAUCCAUGUGAAAGUCCAGAGGAACUUAAAGUCAUGGAUCGUGUAAUGGGGCUGCAGGACGACAAGAAUCUGGAGGUGAAGGAACUCAGCCGGCAGUGCCAGCAGCUGGAAUCUAAACGGGGCAGGAUCUGUGCCAGAAGAGCCCAUCUCAGAAACAAGAAGGAUCAAUGCAAAGAAAAUCAUCGACUCAGACUGCAACAGGCUGAAGAAAGCAUAAAAUAUUUUCAUCAGCAUCAUAGCAUUCAGAGGAAAAGAGACAAGAAAAAAGAGGAGGAGCAAAAGAGAAAAGAAUGGAUAAACCAAGAACGCCAAAAAACACUGCAACGAUUGAGAGCAUUUAAAGAGAGAUGUCCAGGUCGGUCUGUCCUAAAGAACUCUCACUCACAACCUGUGGCUGCAGACCUGCCACAUGGACUUCCCCAGCAGACAUCCCCCUCAACUUCUCAGGUGACGGUGGUGAUCCAUCCAUCCUCCAGGAAAACCAGAAGUGCUCCCUUAUCUGAAGUUAGUAAUGUGAAAACUCCUGAGCGUGAAGGCUGUGCUGGAAACAUCCCUGUCCAGACUUUUGUCCCAGUUGGUGACCAGACACACUGCAAAUCAAGUGAGGAGUUGUCACUGCUGCCACCUCUUCCUCCACCACCACCACCACUUCCUCCUCCUCCUCCUCCUCCACCACCACCACCACCGCCGCCGCCCCUCCCUGCUAGGCCAUUUUCUUCUCAGUCUGCAAAACAUCAGAAUUUAUGCUUCAGGACUUCGUUGAAAGAUGAUCAGCCACUUCCUCUAGUGUGUGAAUCGCCUGCUGAGAGCCCGAGUGGUUCCUCAGACAGUUUUAGCUGUCCAGGAUCGAUGGAUGAAGUGCUGGCCUCCUUGAGGCAUGACAGAACUCCUCUCCAGAAGCUGCAGACGCCCGCUUUGCCCCCUCCCCGCGCCUCCGUCAAUGAGCACAUUCUGGCUGCCAUAAGGCAAGGGGUCAAACUGAGGAAAGUUCACCCUGACCUUGGUCCGAGCCCCAGCAGUAAACCCACCAGUGACCUGGAGAGGAGCAUCAAGGCGGCGCUCCAGAGAAUCAAGAGGGUGUCUGCUGACUCGGAGGAGGAGGACCAGGACGAGAGUGGCGAGCAGAGCCCCGGCGAGUGGGACCGUUAGCCUCUCCUCCAAGGCCCCAGGCUUGUUCUGGAAAAGCAUGUGAAUUGGGGUGCUGGUAGACUGGCCACAUAACACCCCAAAAGAUCAGCAGGGCUUGGUGUGUGACGUUGCAGCUUUAUUUAACGCUGCAGCUCUUAAAGUCAGGGGAGGAUGGAGAGAUGUGCCUUUCACACAUCUCAGAGCCCACGGUGAGCACUGCUGGCAUAAGAAAAUGGUAGUUAUUGUUCACCACGGGUAAUCUAGAAUCAUUCCCUUAUUCUGAAAACGUUUACACUGCUAUGGUAAACAGCACUACGGACCGUUCCUCCCGAGUGUGUGUGGUGGUUUUCCUGGGAUUGAAAGGUUAAAAUGUGAAUACUCUUUUAACAAUAAUCUGAAUAAACUGCUUAUAAGCAGGAAUUAUUUUAAAUAUUUUAAAUGAAAUGUAUUUCAUGUAUCAAGCACUGUAUAAACUCAUAAUAAAGAACUAUUUAU